GGCCGGGGCCGCCGCCGCCCCUCCUGUGCCUUGCGAGCCGCUGUUGGAAGGGGGCGGGGGCGGGGCGAGGCCAGGGCGCGUUUCCCGCCCCGGAGGCGGGGUCUUUUCCCGGGCUCGCGAGAAGCGUCCAAUGGCAGGCGGGCGGUGUCGCGCGGGCGCGAGCGCGGGGCUAUAAAUAGCGGCGCGGCGGAGCCGCUGGAUUGGCGAGCGCUGUGGUGUGGUGUGCGCGAGCGGCUGUGUGCUGGUGCUGGGCCAUGGCGCGCACGAAGCAGACGGCGCGGAAGUCGACGGGCGGCAAGGCGCCCCGCAAGCAGCUGGCCACCAAGGCUGCCCGCAAGAGCGCGCCGGCCACGGGCGGCGUCAAGAAGCCGCACCGCUACCGGCCCGGCACGGUGGCGCUGCGCGAGAUCCGGCGCUACCAGAAGUCCACGGAGCUGCUGAUCCGCAAGCUGCCCUUCCAGCGCCUGGUGCGCGAGAUCGCGCAGGACUUCAAGACCGACCUGCGCUUCCAGAGCUCGGCCGUCAUGGCGCUGCAGGAGGCCAGCGAGGCCUACCUGGUGGGGCUCUUCGAGGACACCAACCUGUGUGCCAUCCACGCCAAGCGCGUCACCAUCAUGCCCAAGGACAUCCAGCUGGCCCGCCGCAUCCGCGGUGAGCGCGCUUGAGUUCCGAACUGCUGCAGCCCUUGCUGGCCGGGCAUUGAGGCAACCCACGCAGACCCAAAGGCUCUUUUAAGAGCCACUACAUGCACAAUUAAAAGAGCUG